UUCACAUGUCUGCUGAUGUGCCGCUUAUGGAUUUUCUAGUGCUUCAUGGAUCUAUCUCACCAGCCGUCGCUUUCGUAAUUGUCACUGGCAUUAACAUUGGUGUUUCUUUUAUUGUUUUUCAUGCUUUAUGUGUACGCUAUUGUUUUUCAUAAGCAAGGAUCUCAUAGUCGAAAUUGUUGCUUGUUUGCGCUAGUUAUCUAGCCAGGUUAAGAGAAGCUAAUAGUUAGCAUCUCAAACCACUCUCUGCGGAGUCUUUUUGUUGCGUUAAAAUGGGAGAAGAAGCCAACGACAAACUUUUAAACGCAGACGGUGGACCCGGGAAUGAAAAAAGUGCAGUAGAAGAUGUCAAGUAUUAUACGUUAGAGGACAUAAGAGUGCAUAAUAUGAGCAAUGACACAUGGCUCAUUAUUCACGAUAAAGUAUAUGACAUUACAAGUUUCCUUGAGGAGCAUCCUGGUGGUGAGGAGGUUUUGCUGGAGCAGGCUGGCGCAGAUGCCACAGAGAGCUUUGAAGAUGUGGGACAUUCCACUGAUGCCAGGGAGAUGCUGGAGCAGUACUAUGUAGGAGAGCUACAUCCGGAUGACAGGAAAAAGCCAAAGGAAGUUAAUGUCACAAAUUCAGGAGAAAGCAGCAACACUUGGUCUACCUGGUUGAUAUCUGCUGUUGCUGCAGCUGUUGUAGGUGUGGCGUACCGUUACUUUAUAUUUGAACACAAGUCCUCCUGAGGUUUGCUAAGUGCAUUCAAAAUUGCUUGUUGCAUCUGAAGGCCUUGAAAUGUUGACCAAAACCUCCUCUUCCUGAAUGCACAAUAUUUGUGAACGUCUGUUAUUUGCAGGUAAAUUAGCAGAGGCUUAAACUCUUUGUUCAUGUCUUGUUAAGAGCAUUGGGAACAGCAGGAUGGUCUGGAAUAGUUGCCGUGUGUUUUUAAAUGUCUAUGUCACUAUAUGGGGUGGUACUUAAAAGUCUUAACUUAUGCAUUUGACUCUGUUUACCUUUGCUCUUACUGCUCAUACAUGUAUCUGCUUGUGAAUGAUUUCCAUAGAUUUAGCAUUCAUCAUCACAAAUCAUUUCACUUUUCAAAAAUGUUUUCUUUAAUAUUGAAAGCCAUUAUUCAAAAAUAAUUAAAGAUUUAUGAGAAAUGCAAAAAAUUAUAUGAUUUUAAAAAUGAUAAACUUUUAUUCUUGUUCUAUAAAUACACUGGUGAAUGGCAUAAUUGCUCUUGAGUGAUUAAGAUUGACUUGUUUAUUUUUAGAUCCAUUAUCAGCAGAUAUUUCACUUUAGUGUUUGGAUGAAAGUACCUGGCAGCUGUGUGUGCACUUAAACAUAUGCAUUGUUUUUAAGAAUAUACCCAUGUUCACUUCAUCCAGAAAGAAUAUUUGUACAUGCAUUUGCUUGUUUAGACUGGAAAUUUUAGACCAUACAUGUUAUUUAAAACCUUAUUGUAUAGAGCCACACUAUGGAACAUAAACAUGCUGCUAUUUUUGCUAUGUUCAUUUCGCCUGCCAUCACAUUUCUGAAUAAACAGAAUUUAAUUAA